UCUAGUUGGCACUGGGUUACAACCUACUUCUGUAUUUCUCCGUUCAAACUAGCGAACAGAAGCUUAGAAAUCCGGGUACUCAGUCAUAUAUAUUUCACUAGACUGCCUACUCACCUUGAUAGUUCAAAGUGAUAUACGGAUAGCAGACAACAAUGUAGAUCUAUCUGGUUGUUUAGAUAUAAGAGAAAUCUAAAAAUAAUCUCCACUAUCAGUGCUUUCAAAGUGUAAACUACUUCUUUCAUCGCGUUUGUAACCCAGAGAAAUGAAAAUAUCGUUUAUGUGCAUAUAAAGACCAAUCAGAGCAGCGUAGCGCCCAGACUAACAAAAAAAUUUAUCUGUGCACAAGUGAUCAUGAUCCAGCAGGAAAAUGAUAAUAAACUAAGUGGUGAACGUGAACCGCUGCUCGGGAAAGGAUUCUCCCGGAAUGAACCUCUGCCUGGGCCAUCGUGGACUGGAUACAGCAGGCAGCAGAAGAAUAGUUCUUGGCGAAGAUGGAUUACAGGACUUUUCAUCAUCCCUCAGCGGGUGGUGCUGGCGAUUUUUGGCUUCCUAGCGAUCCUCAAUGCGUAUACAAUGCGGAUCAGCCUCUCGAUCGCCAUCACUGAGAUGGUCAACAAAACAUCCACUGCAGAGCAGGACGAAGGUGUUUGUCCAGCCGAUAGCGAUCUAGGAUCGGAUGACAACCAUGGCGGUGAAUUCAAUUGGGACCAGGAACUGCAGGGUAUCAUUCUAUCCUCCUUCUACUGGGGUUACGUGAUUACACAUCUGCCGGGUGGCGUCCUGGCAGAGAAGUUUGGUGGCAAAUGGACGCUCAGUUUGGGCAUCCUCUCGACAGCCUUUUUCACGCUGAUUACUCCAUGGGCAGUCAAUCUGGGAGGAUCGACAGCGCUGAUUAUAAUUCGAGUGUUGAUGGGCCUGGGCGAAGGGACGACGUUCCCGGCUUUGAGCGCGCUACUGGCUUCAUGGAUUCCCCUGAAAGAAAGAAGUAAACUUGGCUCUUUGGUCUUUGGUGGAGGGCAGAUGGGUACGAUUCUCGGUAACCUGAUCUCUGGAUAUUUGCUUCAUAACAUUGAUGGAUGGUCGUCGGUGUUCUACUUUUUCGGUGGAAUGGGAGUUUUGUGGUUUAUUUUAUUCACGCUUUUUUGCUACAGCGACCCGGAGUCACAUCCUUUCAUCAGUGAUAAAGAGAAGGAAUACCUCAAGCAGGAAAUGGGAACAUUGUCGCGUGACAAAACACUGCCUUCUACUCCCUGGCGUGCUAUUUUCACCAGUAUCCCGAUGAUGGCCUUAGUAUGCGCCCAAAUUGGCCACGAUUGGGGUUUCUUCAUUAUGGUUACUGAUUUACCCAAGUACAUGAGCGAUGUGAUGCGAUUCCCAAUCAAAGAUAAUGGUUUAUACUCCUCCCUUCCGUAUCUGUUAAUGUGGAUCGUAUCACUGUCAACCGGAGUGUUGAGCGAUUGGUUGAUUACCACCGGAAGGAUGUCCAUCACGUUUGGCAGGAAAUUGUUUACCACGAUUGCAUCCGCAGGACCGGCUUUCUUCAUUGUGGGAGCUUCAUACGCUGGUUGUGAUAAGGCACUUGUCGUGGCGCUUUUCACAUUGGCAAUGGGUUUCAUGGGUACCUUCUAUCCAGGUAUGAAGGUCAAUCCAUUGGAUCUUAGUCCAAACUAUGCUGGAAGUUUAAUGGCUGUUACGAAUGGCAUCGGUGCCAUUACGGGUAUUAUUGCUCCUUAUGUUGUUGGUAUAAUGACUCCAAAUCACUCUCUGGAGGAAUGGCGAAUCGUGUUUUGGAUCUCAUUUGCCAUUUUCCACGCGACCAAUAUAGUGUACUGUUUGGGAGCUUCCGGCAAAGUGCAACCCUGGAACACACCUCACCUAAUGAACCAGUCCGAGGAGGUCGGCGAUACUAAGCAUGACAUUUUUAGUGAAAAAUCGGUACCGGAAGCAAUUAAAGUAUCUAAGUAAUUCGAAGCUUGAAGCAGUUUGAAGUAAACUCAAUGGAAGUCGUCUUGAAACACAACUAGAACAAUAAGUUCGUCCAGACUUUUGCCCUGGAGUCAGUGAUACCUGUCUAACUUCUUUAUUGAAGUAAGCCAUUAGUAGGUUUAUUAUAAGUCAGUAGAAGUCCUUAACCACAGCAAACUUAUUUAUUGUACAUAUAACGUCGACUUGAGUCAAGUCAAGUUUUACGUAUUUAGAUAGCAAUGAACUUCCAGCCUAUGCGAUUCGGGUGAUAAAAAAACUCGCAUUAAUAAUCAGUUUUGAUUCAACGCGACGGCAUUGAACUGCAUGAAUGAUUUGCUAGAGAAAAGGCGAAUGCUAAUAAACGUAAGAUUUGCAAA